GAAGCUCCGGGACCGGCUCACGGCCCGCGCCCCGCAGCGCUCCGGCCCGCGGCCGCCGGGGUGCGAGAUGGCCGCAGACGGGAGCCGCGGGGUGCUGGGGCUGUGGCUGCUGGCGGCGGCGGGGCUGUGCGGCGGGGUGGCGGCGGGCAAGUCCCCCAGCUGCCACGAAGUGCGGACGGCGUUUCAGCUGCGGCAGAUCGGGCCCCUCAAGCUGGUCCCCGACGUGCCCACGGCCGAGUCAGAUUUACAGAUCUGUCAACACAGAGCACCAACGUGCUGCACCAAAAAAAUGGAAGAAAGCUACCAGGCAGCUGUUCGAAGGGAGAGGACUCAAAGUAUCCAGGCACUGAACUUUGAACUGAAGUACAUGAUUGUGGGUCACAUCACAGCUUUUCAAGAGGCCUUUGAGUCUUUGCUUCGCUUUGCUGAAAACCGCACAAGUUCCCUGUUUGAGACAGCUUACAGACCUAUGGCAAAAGAAGCAGCAGAGCCUGUUAAAGAACUUUUUACAGACAUCUCUCUCUACAUUCUGGGUGCGGAGACUACAGUGGAAAGUGCAGUAUUACGGUUCUUUGACAGUCUCUUUCCCCUGGUGUAUAGUCGGCUAAUAAACCCAGGAAUUACAGAUUUAUCAGAGGACUAUACAGAGUGUCUACGGCUUACAAGGCAAGACAUAAAUCCUUUUGGACACUAUUCUAAAAACAUGGUUACAGAGCUGUCAAAAUCUCUUUGGGCAAGUAGGAUGCUCAGCCAGGCCCUCAGUCUGGGCAUUGAAGUGAUAAAUACUACUGAACAUGCAGCUCUCACGAAGGAAUGUAGCAAAGCUCUAGUGAAGAUGCAGUAUUGCCCGCAUUGCCAGGGCCUGACACUCAUCAGGCCCUGUGUUGGAUAUUGUCUAAAUGUAAUGAGGGGCUGCUUGGCCAGUGUGUCAGAACUGGAUGCACAAUGGAGGGAGUAUAUCUCCACGCUGGAAUAUCUGACUAAUGAAAUGGCUGCCUCACAUGAUGUGGAAAUUGCACUGACGGGAAUCUGGAACUCCAUCAAUGAAGCCAUCCUGCAUGCACAGUUGAAUGGACCACAGCUCUCUGCUACAGUCGAUAAAGUGUGUGGACAACCCAAACAGCAAGAAGGGAACCUGUCAUCAGACAAUAUAGUGCCAGUGAAGGAAGCGACUGCUGACACCCAGACAUUUGUGAUGGCUCACGCUAGUCUGAACAAUAGAAGAAGUUCUCUGCCUCUGAAAGCUUCAAAGAAUGACAAAUCAAGAAGUUUGAAAAAAGUCUCUCGAGAGUUCAUCAAUUACAUGAAGCGAUCCCGAACCUUUUAUGCCUCUAUAGCAGAACGGCUGUGUGAUGGAGACCUGGUGAUGAGAGACAGCUCAACCUGCUGGAAUGGAGAGGAUGUUGUAGAAAGUUACACCAGCAGAGUUGUUUCCAAUGGACUGAAGGCACAAGUUAAUAAUCCAGAACUGAAAGUCAGAGGAUUGGACCCACUCAUCAGUAAUUUAAUCGACAAACUUCAGCACUUUAAUCAACUGGAUGCUGAGAAGGCAAAAUUAAAACUGGAAAGAUGGGCUUCCCGAGAUGCUGGCAGUGGGGGUGGAAGAAGUGAAGAGUUGGAGUCAAGUGGGGAUUGUGAUGAUGAGGAUGGCUGUCAAGGAUCUGGUGACAGGAUUCACACAGCAGAUAUACUCAAGGACAAGAAAACCCAUCCAGAAAACAGAAACGAACCAAAACCAACUGUGAAAAAGAUUGACAGCACAACCACCACAAGCACUGUCAAGUCAUCCUCUAAACACAGUGUAACUGGAAAUGGGAGCAAUCCAGCCCCGAGUUCCUCACUUGUUAUUUUAACAGCACUAGCAGUUCUGUGGCAUCAUCCACUGUAGCUGUGUUGCCUUGCAGCCACUGCACAAGCCUUUCUGUUCACUGUCAUUUAUACCUACAGCCUUACCCAACAGAAAACGAAUUUAAAUGGCUUUCUAGUUUAUAUGGUAUGUUAGAAUAAAUAUUAAACAAUAUGCUGGAGUUGGCAGAUACCAGGUGUCACAACUUACAAUGUCUGAAGAUAGGCUUUGACAAAGCCCACCACAAUACAGAGGCAAUGAUGGAAGUACAGAGGGAAUAACUGAAAACACAGGAAUUGUGUAUGUGUGUGUUACUGUUUUUCUCAGUUUUGUUUGCUGGAAUGUGACUGGCUGGGUUGGUUUGUUUAAUUUUUCUGAUAAAUUAUGUGAAUGGUCAGUCUUCAAUUUCAAGCCAAUACAUUAUUUUUCUAGUGAACAGCAAAAAAGCUAUGUCUGCCAUUGUAAACCAUGUUAAAGUGAAGUACUUACUCUCCACCAGCUUGAUGAAACUCCUGAGUGGUCAAGAAGAUCAAAGCAUGUUUGAAACUUCCUUUCGCUCUUACCGUUUAGAUUGUAGGCAGCAACAUAAAAGCAUAUGGUGUGUCUAAUAUAUCAGUAUAGUUGCCUUAACUAUGGAUAAAAUUAGAACCACUUUGUUUACUGAGGGAUAGAGAUAGUGAGUUUCCUUGCCCCACAAAAUGCCAUUACCAGAUGCUUAAGCAUAUGCUCAAGACUUAUUGGAUGAAUGUCCAGCAGUGGAAAACAUGAAUAAGCAUAUUUUAUCCAGUUGAAUGCAGCUCUGUACAGACUAAGAAAAAGGUAAUUCAAUUCAAACUCACUUUGCCUACGUGAUGGUAAAGAGAAACAGACUUAAAUUUCUCAUAAAGGUCCCAGAGAUAUAAAUUAUUGGGAACUCCCAUUAGACACUAACUAGAUUUUUGUGUAUUGUGCAUCUCUGAAAUCAACUGUUUUAUAAACUGUGUAUUAUUUAAUGACAUUUAAUGUUUAAAAUUUUGUGUCAUGGUAGGUGUAAAUGUAAACCAGUCUGAAAUCUGGCAUUCUUUGUUAUGCUUCAUCCUGAUUGCUACCCUAGAAAAUGUCAAAAUGUGCAUCAUAGUACAAGGCUAUUUUUCUAAAUCAAUGAUGCAUUAAUGCAUUUUGACCUUUUGGAUUAAAAAGUACUACAAUAACUUCUAAUGGGUUAAGAGUAAAUGUGUGUUUUCCAACACCUGUUUACAGUGCCAUUGAAUAUUUAUAUAUACAAACAGCACUGUAUGAAUACAGUGAUUAAUGAUAAAUACAUGAAACAUUAGCAUUGUUAUAUUUACUACAUUUCGUAACUAUCACAACAGUUUAAUGGCCGUUUUCAUGUUGUAGACUUUUAUUAUGUACAGUUUUAUAAGAUUUAAUGUAAAACACUUGCCUUUGUUUUUUUGUAAAACAUCUCUUUCGUAUUUAGAGUUAUACAGCCACUGACAUAACUCAGAAGAAGAACCCUGUAUCUUACUUAUCAACCUCAGGCAUUGUAUUGGCAACUUUGAUUAUAAAAGUCUGACUCAGAGAAGGUGCCAUGUGCCAGUGUUACUACUGGACGUUACUCCAUAGGAAGUGGCAAUAGUACAGAACAAGCAUACAGUAAGUGAAUAAAGACUCACGACACUUGUAUGUUUUUAGAUAGUAUUAGUGAACAUGUCUGUGUUUUAAUUAUGUUUGCAAAGGUGGGGCUUGAGUUUUGUUUUUAAUUUAGGCUCUUAGAUGGUAUUUACACACAUAAAGCUGCACAAGCGGUGUCUCUGAAGUGGCAGCAGCUAAGUUUUCUAAAAGAUACUUCCAUUUUGAUGUUGAAAGAUACUAACAUGAAAUAUUUUAUAUUUGAAUUCUGAUUUUUCAAAAUGGUAAGGCUAUUAAUAUCCCUAAGUAGUGCUUUCCAGUCAUAUCAGUGAAAACCAGUUUUCCCCCAAACACUAAAAUAGCUGUCCUGUGUUUCCCAGGGUUUGUGAGCUGCACCAGUCCUAUUGAACGAUAAUUACAAAUACCACUUCUAUUCAUUUUCAGAGCCCUUUGGAAAAGUGGACUUUUACCUGAGGAGGUGUUUAAGUCAUGUCAUUUGUACAGUGUAAGGACACCGUAAUUCCUUGUAGUCUUAAAGGAUCAGUUGUGAUGGCUGCUGUUAGACAGGUUGGUCCCUGUGCACACACUGAAAUGCACAUCAUGUGCAAACACUUGCCACCAGCUCCUCACGUAAUACCAAUCACUGUGGCUUCACUGAAGCAAUUCACUGAAGCAAAGAAGUGAAUCUGUUGCUUGUGAACCUGACCCCUUAUUUAGUAUUCUCACACUGAACAUGCUUAGUCAUUGUUCAGGCAAAUGUACACACAUUUGCACACAAGUUGCCAUCAGCAUUCCUUAGGGAUAGAGCUGGGGUUUCAGGGCUGGGCUCUGACACUACCAGAUUUCAGCUGUGCAGCUUGCACUUUUCAGUUCUUCUCACCUGCAGAGAGGGAACUUGAAUACCCAGAGUUACAUGUGUCUUUUUGAGGUCUUUCUGUAAGAGGUCUUGUGCUUUUAGCUCAGAGCAGUAAUUAGCUAGCCUAGUAUGCUGCUGGAGCAGAGGAAGUUGCAGAAGCCCUGCAAUAGGCAGGUAUAGAAUAACUCACCCAGGGGCUUAUUUGUUGUUGUUAAAUGUCAUAAUCUUGCUAAACAAAAACCUCUGAAAAAACAAGUGUUUGAAUUUGGGGUUUGGUUGGCAAGUAUUAGUGUAACACAGCAUUCAUCUCUCAAGUGAAACAAGACAACCUUUUAAAGUUUCUGUAACAAAACUAGAGCAAGUUCAAACUGUGGGGAGAUAGAAUUAACCCAUUUCAUGGGAUUCAACCAAUGUUUUAACAGACACAAAUCAUUACAGACGGAGAGAAGAGACUUCAGAGGACUCCAUGCCUAUUAAUACAUUUCACACUAACAUACUUUUACACUGUAAGAAGAGUAUUGGUCAAACCAGCAUGAAAUAUGUUCAUAAUGUGCAUCAAAAAUGGUGCAGCUUUAAGGGGCAAUGCAGUAUAUUUUUACUGAUGGUUUAUGACUUUUUUUUUCCUCAGGAUCGGUUGCAUUUACAUAUAUUAAAAAAAAAAAAAAGUGCUUUCUAUCAAACAACAAAUAUAUACCUGCAAAGGCAAACCCAACUGGCUGUGUCAGAUAAAGGAAGUAUUUCUUUUCAGAUGAAUUGGAUACUUAUUUUACAAACUCUUACUUUGUUAUCCAGGACACUGUAAUUACGAUGUAAUGAGGCAAGUCUAAAUUCAAAAUACUUUUAAACUUGUCUAUGUAAUCUCAGUGUAAAAUAAGGUACUGGUCGAAGAGCAUUGCUGUAGCUUUGCCUAACAGUUAUGAAUUGUAUUUAGCCAUUGCUUUUUGAAUGUUUAUUAUUUUGCUAUGACUUUCUUCUCAUAUUUUGCUGUGCCAGCAUUUGUGAAUGCCAGCGUUGGAAAGUAACUGCUGUCAUACAUUUGUGAGUAAAAUCAGUCUAUAAUUUCC